UGUGAUUCUAACCCUAAUGUUUUUGUUUGAAAUUAAGGACCCAAAAUAUAGGCUCAAAACUUCAUCCACACAGAAUUAUAUACCACUGUAGUGUUAGUUUAACCUAGAAUGAGCGCUAAAAAGAAGAAUGAAGCAAGUUCUACAGAAUCUUCGUCAGCUUCAACUUCUGGUACAUCUUCGUCGAGUUCGUCUAGCGGAUCAGAUUCAAGCUCUUCGAGCGACAGUGAUAGCUCCAGCUCACAGGAAUCCACCAAAAAUCAGUUUGGCCAUGAGUUACCAAAAAAAUCUGCUCCAGUACAGAAAUCCCAACGUACAAGUAUUGAUGGUUCAAAAACUAUUGCUGGAAGCAAGGCAGACACCAAAUCUGUUGCUAAGGCUAAAGUUUCUCAGCAAAAACCUACAGGCAAAAGCCAAAAAAUUGCGGCCAAUACCACCGAUGAAGAAGAUGAAAAACAUGCUAGGAAACAGGUUCAACGAAAAGCCAAUGUAAAGCCAAAAAGCAGUGCUACUGUGACAACAAAAUUAGGAAACUAUUCAAGUCAAAAGGGUAGUGCAGCAUCAAGGCAUGCUCCCACAGUCUCUCCAGUAGUAAGGGCAGCAGCGAAAAAUGUGUCCAAACCCAAACCUUCUCAGAGGAAUACUUCAAAAGUUAUCGAUCCUAAGAAAAAAAGCAUUUUCUCGCCGGAAAAUAGUUCAGAUUCUGAUUCGCCCAAAUCUGCAUCAAAAUCCCCGGUUAAAGCUAGUCAGGCAAAAUCCAAACUUGAGCCAAGACCUAAAGCUGCCGCUAAGCCUAUUGAAAAACCCAAAAUUGAAAAAAAACUUCAGGAGAAGAUUCCAAUUAAGACAAAAGCUGUCAUUGAAACCUCGCCUAGCUCAGUGUCAUCAGCUUCGACAAGCAGUUCCGAUAGCGAUUCAAGUGCCGAAUCUUUGGGAAAGGAACGAAAAGUCUUGAAAAAACCAAUUAAGAAGCCCAGUGUUGUUCCUAAGGAAAACACUGUUAAUUCAGAUUCAGAGGUCGAGGCUAUUGUAAAAUCCAAGCAAGCGACUAGGAAACUGACGAGGUCAGCGAGCACUAGAAAAUCGAAGCAUGUAGUGGGAAAAACUGUAUAUUCGGACACAGAUUCGGACACAGAAAGUACCAAGCGGUCUUUGAGUCGGUCGCCAGUGAAACGCGCCCCCGUGGCGACCAAAGGCAAAGCGAAAAACAACAAAAGAACGGACGCCAAGUCGAGACCUAACGAGAUCGCCAUUGUGGAGCGUCUGUGUCCCCUCGAGCGAUGCGAUAGCUCGGGUCACCUGAGCGGCAAGUUCGACAAACACUUCACAUUGGAAGCGUGUCCCGCGUACCACAACCUGACCAUUACCCAGUGCAGGAACGAGCUUGGAGAGCGAAAAAAACGAGAAGAAAUACGAAAUAAGGCGGUCGAGCAGCACCGAAACUCACCCAAACCGAUCACUCAAGAACAGAAGCAGUAUUUGGCGAAGGUGAAAGAUCUGCGCAGCAAGUUCAAAAUCGAACCAAUGGAGGACAUAAAACCGAACGUGGACAAGAGCAAAGAACCGGAUCUAUCCAAUUUCGUGCCUGAAUACGACUUGAAGUUGUUUAGGGAUGCGCAGGCCUUGGCCAGCGAGAGGAUCGAGGAGGAGUUGAAGAGUUUGCCCAGCACUAAGGGAACCAAAUACAUAGAGAUGGGCAAGUACGAGAUGGAGGUGUGGUACCAGAGCCCUUAUCCAGAGGACUAUGCUCGGUUGCCAAAGCUUUAUAUCUGCGAAUACUGUUUGAGGUACAUGAAGUCUAGGACGAUAUUAGAAAGGCACGUGAUCAAGUGCGUUUGGCGGCACCCUCCCGGGGAGGAAGUGUACAGAAAGGAUAAGAUCAGCGUGUGGGAGGUGGAUGGCAAACGGUACAAACAGUAUUGUCAAAACUUGUGUCUGUUAGCUAAGUUCUUCCUGGAUCAUAAGACAUUGUACUACGACGUGGAACCAUUCCUCUUCUAUGUAAUGACUUUGGUGGAUAAUGAGGGAUGUCACACUGUCGGAUACUUCAGUAAGGAGAAAAAUUCGUUUUUAAACUACAACGUUUCCUGCAUUCUCACGUUACCUCCCUAUCAAAGACAAGGCUACGGGAGGCUCCUCAUAGACUUCAGCUAUCUACUGACACGCGUGGAGGGCAAGAUAGGUUCGCCAGAAAAACCUUUGAGUGAUCUGGGCUUGAUCUCGUAUAGGUCGUACUGGAAAGAUGUCUUGCUCAGCUAUUUAUGCUCACGAGCCGGAACCACUCUUUCGGUUAAGGAUAUAAGUCAAGAGAUGGCGAUUCAUUCGUACGAUAUAGUUUCUACGUUGCAAGCGCUCGGCAUGAUGAAAUACUGGAAAGGUAAACAUAUAAUCCUGAAAAAGCAGGAUGUGUUGGACGAGUACGUGGAAAAGGUGAAGAGGCGCGGGCCCAUGUUAAAGGAGGUCGACCCAGCGUGUUUGCGAUGGGUGCCCCCUCAAUCGCAAACGUCCGCGUGAGAGUGAAUGUUAUUUUCAUUUCUUUUUGUUCGAAACCUAUUUAGUGUAAACUCGGGUGAGAAAUCAGUACUGGAGGCAUUUUCUUUACUUAUGUUAGUCUUCUUCUGAGGCUACAUAAUCAUGACACGUAUAUAGGGUGUAGCAAUUUGCUGAAAAGUAUUUGUUUAUUUAUUUUAUGGAAAAUCCCAUUAACAGUUUGAAAAUUACAAAGAUUGAAAUAUAAGUUUAUGAAAAAUAGAAAACUAAGCAAACUAAAAUAAACUAAUACAUAUCAACUAAAAUAAAUUACUACAUAGCACCGCCUGAAUUAGUGAAUCAACUAGAAGGAAGUAAACUCAAAAUGUAAUUUAUUAAAUUGUCUUUUGUAUUAACUUAUACCAAAACCGAAUAUUUCGAGCUGAUGCUCAUUAGCAACCCUAUAGUAUCUAUCCAUAAAAACAUUGAAGCCAUAGUUUGUACAAUGGAAACGGAUAUAUUGGGACUUAAAAUUAUUUCUUCUGUUUCUAGUGACUACGUCGACAUUAAUUACAUUAAUACAAUAAAGAAAACUUAGUCCCGCGAAACUUCUUCGUAUUUGACAUCGUUUCCUUAGAUCAUGUGAACCAAAAGUACAGAAUAGUAUAAAACUAAAAUCUAAAGCCAUCACGGUAUAUAGGAUUGAUACAAUAUGAUCAUGUGACAUCCCCCUUUUUAUAAGAAAAUUUUAAAAGUUUAAGUUUCUACAAAUAAAGUUUACAAGUCAAAAUGUAUUUUGAAAACAUAAUAAAUAAAUUGGAAACCAGACUCAGUUUAAUAAACAAUUCAAAGUUAUGAUUGCGCCACCUAUUUAAAAUCUUACUUAAUUGAUUUAAUUUUAUUGUUAUCGUUACCUUAUAUCUAAUAUCACAAUAUUCUUUCACUUUUAUGGUCAAUUUAGAUAUAUGGACAAAACUGCAGACAGACAAAUUUAUAGCUGGAGUGCUUAAGUUGAUGUUAAGUACUAAUUAAUGUUAAUAAGUAAAAGCUAAAGUUAAACAGUCAAUUUAUUACAUUGACAAAAUAUAAUUCCUUAUAUCUAUAAAGAGAAGUUGAGUUUUAUUUACACCAACCGUGAAAUUAUAAUAAUGAUGGUUACCUUGUGUGAGGUGAGUUUAAAGUUGAUAAAAAAAAAAGAAGUUCUCACUUUAUGUAAAGUAAGAGUACAAAAAUUGUGUAAGCAAAAAAAAACAACAAAAAUUUUUUUUUUGAAGACUCUGGACUAGUGUCUACGACAUAGUCAGAAAGUUUCAGUGAAAUUUGCGUCCAGAUCUAGUUCUACGACUAUAAGUGCUGGGUAUGUCUGAGUUUAACAAUAAAUUAUUUUUGUCAAUUUUCUUUUGUUAAACUAGCAUCAUCUAAAAUUUUUUUACUCACUAAAUUUUCCAAUUAGUAGUUGUCAAAAGAGUGAUUUACAUUUUUUAGAGUUUUUUCUUUGUCAGAGUUGGAAUUUAUAAAACUAUAAUUUAAAAAUGAACUAGAACUACAGCUCACAAGGCUGUUCAUUGUCACUACAGCUAUUUACAUUUAAGUUGUUACCAGAGUUGUUGCUUACACCAGGAUCAGCCUGUAUACAUUCUCUAUCAGAAUCAUUCUGUAUAGAAGAAUUUUCUGCAUCUUCAGAAAUGGACUUUUCAUUGUUGUUUGAAUUAUUGGCUAUUUUCAAAAAAUAUCUGUUAUUAUGAAAAUUAUUUUCUGAAAAUAAGUCGGGAAAACUCCUCGGCUAUCUCGAGUUUCGAGAUGGAAAAUCUUUGGAUGGUUUGAGAAUUUUCUGUUAUGUCUAAAAAUAGAACCAUUCUCCAGCUGUACCAAAUAAGAUCUAAAAGCUACUUUUCUUAAAAUUUUACCAUUUUACCAUGGUGUUUUAGGCUUUAUUUGAAUUUUUACUAGAGAAUUGUUUUUUAAAGGUGUUAAAGCUUGUUUAUUUUUGUCAUAUUUCUUUUGAUUUCGCUGGUUUUUUGUUAUGUGAGAAUUAAACUUUUUCCUGUUGAAAUUUUUUCAAAAUUUAUUAUUUAUCUCUGGAACUACCUAUAGAUCUUAAGUUUUGAUUCAUAAGAGCAUUUGCUGGAGAGUUCUCCCCAUCCAUCAAAGUUUAGUAAAGCUAAAUAUUCCUGAUUGAAAAAGCACUUUUCAAGUAAAAUUUUAACAGAUUGUACCGUCCUUUCGACUUGUCCAUUUGACUGAGGAUACAAAGGAGAAGAAGUAAUAUGUCGAAACUCCCAAUUUUUUGAAAAAUUCUUAAAUUCUAAGCUACAAAAAUUGCUUGCAUUAUCUGUUAUUAAAAUUUUGGAAAUACCAAAACUUGAAAAAAUUGAUCUGAAUUUAUGAAUUAAAUUUUUAGAGGUUAAAUUUUGAUUCAAAACAACAACUUCCACAAAUUUUGAAUAGUAAUCGACAAUUAAGAGGUAACACUCUGAUUGAAAUUGAAAAAUAUCUGCAGCUAUUUUUUGCCAAGGCAACCUGGGAAUGUCGUGAGGCCUCAAAGGCUCGGAACCCUGUAAGAUGUUAUCAUGUCUUCAAUUUGGCCAGAAAAAUGACAAGUUGCCAUAUCCAAACAUUUUUUAUAAUCUAAAUGGCUAUGAUGAAGUUUUUGCAAAAUUUCUUUACGGACAGCUUCUGAUGCUUUUGGGCCACCCUGGUUUUGGAUCCUCACGAGUCAACUUUCGAAUUUGCUGUUUUUUGUCAUCAGCAAUAUUAAGGGAAAGCUCAACAGCCCAAAUUUGUGACGCAAUAUCAAAAUCAACACUUUCAUUAAGUUAGUUUUUGAAUUAAAAGCUCGACUCAAAGUGUCUGUCAUAAUGAAUUUUUUGCCUGGUUUAUAAAUAAGGUCAAAAUCAUAUUUUUUAACUGCAUGAGCAUUCUUUGUAAUCUUGGUGGAGUAAGAUACAAGGGUUUUUUAAUAAUUGAAAUUAAAGGCUUAUGGUCUGUUUCAAUUAUGAACUUUUUGCCAUUCUGAUAAAAACGUGUAGCACCAAACCAACAAGCUAAUAAUUCUUUUUCAAUUUGUGAGUAACGUGACUGAGUUUCUGUCAAUGCUCUCGAUGCAUGAGCACAUGGUCUCCCAUUUUGCAUCAAAACGGCCGCUAUUCAACUCCGGGAAGCAUCCACAGAAAUAGUCGUAAGUUGGUUAGUGUCAAAAAAUUGCAAAUAAGGUGUUUUUGUCAAAGUUGACUUUAAGUUUUGAAAUGCUCUCUCAUGUUCAUCCGACCAUCGAAAAGUUACAUCUUUUUUCAGUAAAGAACGCAAAAUUGAGUUUUUUCCAGACAAACCAUCUACAAAGCGAGCUAUAUAUGUGACCAUGCCCAAAAAACGUUGAACAUCUUUGACAUUUCCUGGAUUUGGCAUGUUUAAAAUGGCCUGAAUCUUAGAUCUAUCUACCUCUAUGCCACGCUCUCUUAGUUCAUGUCCCAUAUAGGAGACUUUUUUACAUAGAAUUUACAUUUUUCUUUCUUAAAACGAAUGUUAUGUUGUGCAGCACGCUUUAAAAUUUUUUCCAGAAUUAAAUUAUAGCCAGAAAUUGAGUUACUAAAGCAGAUAACAUCAUCUAUAAAAACUGCACAGCUUUCUCUGUCUCCAAAAAUUUCUUGCAUGCGUUGCUGAUAUACCUCAGAUGAACAUGAAAGACCAUAGGGAAAGAAUAUCUACCAAAAGGUGUUGCAAACGUGUAAAGUUUAGAGAUUUCUUUAUCUAAUUUAUCUGGAGAAACCUCUGGGUUGAAUCUAAAGUACUAAAAUAUCUAGAAUCAUGCAUUUUUGAUGGUAUUUCAUCCCAGUUACCGUUUUUAUGAUUUUUUUCUUGUUCUAAGUCAUUUAAAGUAUGUUUUAAUUUUUUAGUCAAAGCUAUCGGAAUUUUCCUAGCAGGACAAACCGAAGGUAUAGCAUUCUCUUUAAGUUCUAUAUGAUAUUCCCCUUCUAGACAACAUAUUCCACCAAAAAUAUAUUUGUAUUUAUCUAAAAUUUGAUUGACAUUUAAAUUAUUAGGAAAAUCAUUUAUUGAUUGAAUUUUCUUUAUAAGUUGCAGUUCUAAACAACCUUUCAAACCUAAAAUUGGUAUGCUAUUAAUAUCUACUUCAUAAAAUAAAAGGUUGCUAAUCUUGGUAAAUUGGUAAAUUAUGUUUUGUAUAAGAGCUUGGUUUUACAUUAGUUUUUUGCAAGUUUGAAAUGUUAAAAUUUAUUUUAUUUACUAUGCUCACAGGUAGAGCGUUUGCUAUUACCCCAGUAUCCACCUUAAAUUAUAUGUUUGCCCUAUCAUUGAUCUGAAGGUUCGUCACCCAAGAAUCCUCGUAGACUGUCCCUAUUGUCCCAGACUGUCCUAGCUCAGGAUUAAUAGAAAAUCUUUGUUCGAUGAUGUCUAAAAAUAAAAAAUUCUUACUAUCGUCAUCAUCACUUAAAGAAUAGUUUUGUUCAACCGUGUGAACCCUUUUUUUAAAAUUGUUAUUGUUAAAAUUGUUGUUUUUUUAAGUUAGUAUUUUGUUUCUGCUGAAAGGAUGAUUUUUUAUUAAUAUUAUUACUGUAAUUAGAAAAUCUUAAGCAUAAAUGAGAAAAAUCAUUAAAACCUAAACAUUUUCUGCACUUAACUUAACCACAUUUACAAUUACAACAUGGCUGGUUCUGCUGCAAACUUCUCGCACUAUGGUUACUGGACGGAACAGAUCUUGUCUGGUUGGAAAAAUGCCUCGCCCUUGAUUGUUCAGGACGGAACUUCUUGUUGACAGCAUCUACAUCACCAUUGUUGUCUGGCGAUUUUGCUCUUUUGUGGACUCAGAACUCACGCAAAAGUUGACUGCUUUUGUAGAGUCUUGCAAUCUUUUUCAAACAGCUGUUUUCUUAAUUUAUCGCAUUUCAAUCCGCAUACCAACAAGUCUUUUAUUAAAGAUUCUCUCAAAUUCUCCAGUUCACAUAAUAAUGACAAGUUUUUCAAUUCGAUUAUAAAUUUUUCUUUCUGCCGAUAUAAUAAAAAUGUAUAUCUCGCAUAAGUGAGGUUGGUUUUUGGAUUAAAAUAUUCAUCAAACUGUUUAAAAACCAAUUCUAAAGUUUCCUCUCCCAUCAAGGUUAAAAGUUGAGCACAUUUUGUCGAUUCCUCCUUUUCAAUAAUUUCAAUAAUUUCUAUUGUUUUGAGGUAGGUUGUGGACUUCUACUUUCAAAAUUUCCAUUCUUGACCAAGAUUACCACUGGCAAAGCUCAUGGCCGAUAUACCACUGCUUACAAAAAUUUUAAUCUGCAAACAUCCAGAAAAUCACGGAAUCUUUCGGUCUUGCUCUCAAUUCAGCGUAUGGUCGACAUCGUUGGCUUCUUUUAGGUUCGUAUAUUUAACUGCGCCAUGUUUAUUUUAUUGUUUAACUUCUAUUUUACUUAGAGGAGGCAGGUUAAAAUAGAACACGUCUGGUACGUAGCGCAACCCGGUAACCAAGUGCUUUGUAUUUGACAUCGUUUCCUUAGAUCAUGUGAUCCAAAAGUAAAGUUAAUCUGUCAUCAAAAAUGACACCUGUAUCUUUGAUUUUACUAACAUAUUUCAAGUUUUUUCUAUGAAUUGAAUAUGAGGAUCAUAUUUUCGUUCUCCCUUGAAGAAACUAAUUGUAUCGCACGAGUCACUCAAUCUGUCCAGGUCCUCGUGCAAAUGCUGCUGAUCAGGGAAGUCAUUCAUAAUCUCGAUUGCUUGUAUUCGUCAGCAAGAGCAAGGUUAUCACUGUUCCGAAAUCUAUAGUGUCCACAAAUAAGUCGCUAAAUAAGGAAGAACAGUGUUCCCCUUGAGGAAUACCUGAUAUAACCAAGAUUGUUUCAGACUAAUAAGACCCUAUUUUAAACUUCUGUAUAUGUUCUGACAAAAAACUCCUCAAGACGCCUGUUGAGCGACCAGGACAAAAACCAGGCUGAUUUUUCAAUUGAUCACUAACAAGACUGUCGAACAGCUUGGGAAUUGAGGGAAUUGGGACAGUAUAAAUACGCUUAUAUAGGGAAAGGUUACUUUUUCGAUUCUAGGGUCUAAACGGAACAAUGUUAUAUAAAUGGGCUACGUAGCUAAACUUACUGGUACAGUCCUGUCUUCGGUCCAAGAACACGUUUCUACUGUUUGGAACUAAAGAUAACCAAAAGACUGAGCAAGUCGCACUGCUAAAGAAGACAUUGACAUUUAACCGCAAUUCUUCAAGUUGUGAUCACCAAAAAUAUAUACAUACUGUGAUGGAUGACUUAGUAUCGCAAUUUCUGGAACCUCACAAUGAUAGAUAUAAUAUGCAUCUGGCAUGUUAUCAUAAAUUUUCAUUGUCAUAAAUUUUCACGAUAUAAAUAACUGCUCAGCAUUUUGAUGCGCAAUUUUUCAAUAUAUUUUUCCAAAUAAAUUAGAAAUUAAUCAGAAACACAUCCUUCUCGUUAGGCUAGAUCAAUCAUUACGAAAUAAACUGAAAUUCACACUGUACCUCGAUAUCUGAAAAAUCUUCAUUUAAGGUACUUUCAACUAAAACUACUAUAUUAAAUGAGGAACAAUUCACGGCCAAUUUAAAAUUGUCCAAUUUGUUUGUUAAUUUUAGUAAUAAACCGCUAAUGGAGUAUCACCUAGUCACAAUGGACGAGACUCUUUUAAUAUACCUCUGGUUCUACGGGUAGUUUCAUCUUUGGUCGCUUUCAAGCAGCCUGUGUAGAUUUUGUGACUACAUAACUGAAUUAGGGGUUUUGUCUUUUCUUUUCCAACUUUUGACCAACUCGGAUAAUUUUGACUAUUGCCUGAACCUCAGUUUCCUGUUCUAGCUUCUGAAAAUCAGUUUGCAGAAUAGAGAUAUUAUGACUAUGACACCGCAAAAUCAAUUAACAUAAGGUUCUUUGACCGAAUAUGAGGCUUAUGGGUUUCUAAUAGUAUUUGAUUCAUAUUUGAAGCUGACGAUUUAAAGCAUUUUGGCAUCGCUAUUCCUUUUCUUGGUUUAACUAUCUUUUUUGCAGAUCUUCAAUCUUUCUUAUCACAAGGUACCGCAUGAAAAACUACCCUUUUCGUCUUCCCCAAUAUCAAUUAUGCACUUGGAACAUGUUUGUAUGGUUUACAACCACUCAUCAAUUUCAAUUUCAAACACAUUAUCAAUUUCUGAAAAAAUCACUAUAAAAACAAAGUAAAACGCCAAAUUUUUAUUCAAUCGGUAGAAUUUAGCACAAUGUAGUUGAAAACCGUUGCGUGUGUUAUUUUAAACUGCACUAGACCGGAACUUUUUUCAAAAUAAAACCAGAUUUCCAACUGAAUCCAAUUACUCUUAUGUACAGGGUGUUUUCUUGUUAAAUGUCAAUAUUUAAGGAGGCGAAUUUUGGGUCCAUUUAAAAGAAAAUUUCAUUCAUUUCAAACAUAUCUCCUAAACGUCUUAACUUUUAAGAUACGGGGUGGUAAAGUGGCGGCGUACGGAAUUUACCCUGUCUCUUUGGGCAGACAUUUUUAAAGAAAUUUAAUUAAUUAAUUAAUUAAUUAAACCUGUACUCUGCAUGCUCAGAACAAUGUCGUUAAUAUGACAGUAAGCAGAUUAAUUAGUUAUUUAUUUUUAAGUGAAAACCGUGCGACUGAUUAAAAAGAAUUAAGGGAUCAAAUGUGCUCAUAAAUGAAUGCAAAUCUCAUUUUUUUUAUAAGGAAAUCAGUGACAUGCCACUAACUGCCUAUGAACAAAUAAUAUCUUAUUUAAUUAGGUCGUCACUGUACUGGUUAAGAUGAGAUUUUUUUUUGCGUAAAAUAACAUAUCUAUCUAAAACAAAAUAUCUAGUUUUUAGUUUCCAACUAGUGCCCUUAAGAAAAAAAUAUUAGAAGACGGUUCUUUUUACUUUUACAGUUUUAAUGAAAUAACAUACCACCCUAAGAACAUAGUAAAUAUUAAAGCAUUCUUAUUUAAAAAGAAAAACGCUACCUACUAUUUUUAACAAAAUUGUCAAUAAAUUAAUAACAACCUUUUUGAAAAAAGUAGAACAUAGAAACUAGAUAGUUAAAAGCGUCUUCCACCUUGAAGGAUACAUGCUUCAGCUUGUUUCCUCGUAUUGCCGUGCAUUUGAUUAAAUCGCAUGAUUCUAUUACGUACUUCGUAUUCGCACUUCGAUUAUUUGAAGUAUUUUAAUAAAAUAUGUAGAUAAUUACUUUACGCGAAAACCGUACAUGGGAGUGAAAAAAAAUCAAGAAAUUAAAUUUCUUUAGAAAUGAUUGGAAAAAUUAGUGGCGUAUCAUCAAUGUCUGCCAAAAUAGACAGGUAUGCCCUGUCACUGGUGAUUUUGGAAAACCAUUUUCGGUCUAUUAAAUAUUUCAUUUCUUCAGUUCAGUUUUCUUUUUAAAAUAGCACCCUUAGUUAUUGACAUUGCUUAGAAAACACCCUACAUACGUAAUUGUAAGGUAACCAUGAAGUGUCUUGAUACGCUUAUUUAUUUACAAAUCACAAUAGUGAUUGUGUUGACAAACAGUUGUUUUAUUAAUGGGUUUUAAAAUGUGAAGAAAAAUGAAUUCAUAUUUAUUAAGAUUAUUCAAAUUAAAUUGUAGAGAGUUCUACCAGAUCUAUCGCUAAUUUAGGUUUUUACGAGUUGAAAUUGGGUACUCCGUCGUUGAAAACGACUUUACCAAUGCAAAUACAGUAGAGCUUCGGUAAUCCGGAUUAAUAAAAACCGAGGCAAUCCGGAUUAGUCAAACAUCCGGAUUAUUGGAAUAUUUUUAAAAGCUAUAAAAAUUCACCAAAUACGCUAUGUUGUAGCAUUUAUUAACACAAAAAAUGUAGACAUUUACGAACAAAUAAAAAAUAAAAGAAAAAGAACACCCUCACGCAUUUGUUACACCUACUGAUAUAGAAUUAUAACGAAAAUAAUGCAAAUAAAUGGUGUGCAUUAUUGUAAAAUGUAAUGUGUCGAUAUCGGUAAAUGUUAAUAAGACUAACAAUUAGGACUUAUGAAACUAAGAUUUUAAAAAAUCUGUAAGUUUGUUUGUUUUAUACUGCAUUGUCUUGCUUGUAUUGCUCGUUCUCUCAUAGUUCGUAAGAUCGACAAAACAUUCAGUUCAGCACCCUUUUCUUCUAUCCACUGUAUAAACGUACCAAAGCAACGAAUAGCUUUCUCAUUUUUAAUUUUUAGAUCAAUUUCUAACACCUUCCUCGUUACCGUCUUCACUGCCCCUCUCAUUGUACAGCGGUAAGUGGUCACCAUCGCCAUCGAUCCACUCGUUGAUCUCUGUUUCUGGCAAAAUAUUACUUUCAGUAUCAACAGUCUGUAGCAUAUUUCUAAUUUCAGUCAAUUUGCUCAUUACUGGCGGUUUCAGAUCUUUGAAUAAGUAAAACCAAUGGGAUCAAAUCAAGGUCUGGAUGAAAAAAUAUUUUGUUCCAUCAACUCUGAAUUGCAUCAGGACUAACUUUAUCCCAUGAACUAGCUAGCAGAAAUACGGAAUUUCUUAAAGUCAUGUUUUUUAGAAUGCUGGAAAUGUCAGUUUCCUCAAAAAACAAAACAUGAAUUAAUAAGGUGUUGGGGUAAAAUAUUUUAAUGAGCCUGAUUGCAUUUUGAUCCAUCGGUUUCAUUGAGGGCGUGGUAUUAAGCGGAAGGAAUAUAGCUAUGAUAUUUCCAUCAUCACUGAUCAAUUGAUUUCUGUUGAAUUACUUCGAGCAUUCAAUCAGUAAAAGUGCUUUGCCGCUCAUAUUAUUAUCUUUCUGCAACGUUUUUACUUGUUGAACAAAAGAUUUAUGAAAUAAUACAAUUCUUAAAUGACCUCGGAUUCUUUGAUUUACCAAUAGCCAUCAUCUUUCUUCUUCUUCUUACAGUGCCGUGACCGUUUAACGAUCGUUUGGUAUCAGGCUAGCCACCAUGUUGACAAUCAUUGUUUUAUUAACAGCUGCACGAAACAGUUCGAUCGAGGAUUUUCCAUACCAUUGUUUUAGAUUUUUCAACCAUGAUGUUCUUCUCCUUCCAGGGCCUCUCUUGCUAUUCACUUUUCCCUCCAUUAUGAGGUGCAGUAUGGCAUACUUCUCAGGGUGACGCAUAAUAUGUCCAAAGUAUUCUAGCUUACGCUGCUUGAUGGUUUCAAAUUAUCUCCGGAUGUUUAUUCAUUCGCUCUAGUACUACUGCGUUAUUCACUCUAUCCACCCAGCUGAUCUUGAGUAGACGACGGGAUAUCCACAUUUCGAACGCCUCUAGACGCUUGAUGGUCGCGUCAGUGAGUGUCCAUGACUCCAUCCCAUAUAGGAGAACCGGAAGUACGUAACAUUUAACCAUUUUCAUUCGCAGUUUCAAUGUUAGAUUAUGGUUACAGAGAACUUUUUUCAUUUUUACGAAUGCUGCUCUUGCUUUUUCUAUUCUAAUUUUAAUUUCAUUAGAUGAGUCCCAUUUAUCUUUGAUGUUACUGCCCAAGCAAGUCAACCUCCCAACUCGUUCCAGAGGUGCACCUUCCACAUAUAUGCCAUCAUCCUGAUGUGAGACAUGUUUACUAAUGAUCAUAUAUUUAGUUUUAUUAACAUUUAGUUUAAGUCCGUACUGGGCACACGAGUUAGUAAUCUGAUUCAUCAACAAUUGCAGAUCUUCAUUGGUAUCUGCAAUGAUUAAAGUGUCAUUCGCGUAUCUGAUGUUAUUAACAGUUUUAACCAUUUAUGAUCAUUCCUGGCAUGUUGUCGCUCAUGGCCUCGUCAAAAAUUUCUUCAGAAUACAGGUGGAACAACAAAGGCGACAGAAUGCAACCCUGACGCACCCCCCUCUUGAUCUUCAUAUCAUCGCUGAGAUGCGGUCCAAUUCCUACUACUGCUUUUUGAUUCCAAUACAAAUUUUGAAUAAUUCGGACAUCUCUGGUAUCUAACCCAGCCCUUUUAAGAAGUUGAAGCAGUUUAUCGUGUUAUACUUUGUCAAAAGCCUUUUCAAAAUCAAUACUACAUAGAUAUACAUCAUAAUUGACGUCUCAGCACUUGCACACCAAACAGGGCUUCUCUCGUUCCCAAACGUUUAUGAAAGCCCAUCUGGGUUUCACCAAUUCUUUCUUCUAAUUUGCUAUAUAUUCUACCAUGUAUUAUGCGCAAGAAUAGUUUUAAAACAUGGCUGAUAGUCCGAUGGUCAUUACAUUUUGUUGCUCUGUUCUUUUUUGGAAGCAUAACGAAGGCUGAUUUCAACCAUUCCUCAGGCAUUAUUCUAGCGUUAUAUACAACGUUGAAGAGUUCUGUCAAUGCUCCUAUUCCUUUAUCUUCUAGCAGUUUAAGUACUUCCGUUCUAAUUUCAUCUGGGCCCGGCGCCUUUCCUAUCCUAUCCUAGUUUGGUACCUCUUUUGACUUCCCCUUUAGUUAUUGGUGGUCCAGUGUGCGUCAUCUUUUCAGGAUCAGUUUGGAAAUUUCUAUUGUCGUCAAAUAAUUCCUGAAUGUAUUCUUUCCAUCUCCGCAACUGUUGAUGAACAUCAGUGAGUCUGUUUCCGUCCCGGUCCUCAAUGACACCGUUCAGUGUCAGUCGCCUCGAUCCAGUUAAUUCCUUUAUUUUCUUGUGUAGGUGAAAUACAUCAUGUUUUUUCUCCAUUUCUUCAAUUUCUUUACACUCUCCAGCAUGCCAGGCUUCUUUUGCUUGUCGUAUCUUCCUCCUAAUUUCUGAGUGGAUUCUCCUAUAUUCUGUUUCGUUCUUGUUUCUGUACUGUCUCCUCUGAUCCAUAAGGCGCAGUAUUUCUUCUGUCAUCCACUUUUGUUUUGUUUUCUUGGAUUUUUCUACUGAAAGCUUAUGCACGUUGUUUAAUUAAUUUCUGUCAAUGUUCGCAUUUCUGUAUUGAGUCGUGUUCUUGGUUUUCUUAAGUUGAAUUCUUAUUUUGGCUACGAGGAGAUUGUGAUCUGAUAGUACCUCGGCUCCAGGGUAUGUUUUCACGGCUUUAAUAGAGUUUCUAAAUCUCUUAUCUAUACAAAUGUAGUCAAUCUGGUUUCUGAUCACUCUGGCAGGUCUAUCUGCAGGUGACUUCCAAGUAUACAGGCGUCUUUUAGGCAGCUUAAAGAUUGUGUUGGUGACUACCAUUUGAUGUUCUAAACAGAAGGCGGCGAACAUGUCUCCUCUGUCAUUCCUUAUCCCCAGACCAUGCUCUCCUAUGAUGUCUUCCUGUUGACCCUUUCCGAUCUUUGCAUUUACAUGAUGUUUUUUGGUGCAUACACGUGAACAAUGUUGACAUUCACUGUUGUUGUUGCAAAUUGAAUCAUUAUUAUCCGAUCCGAGCAGGAUAUUACGUUCGUUACCGCUUGUACUAUGUCUCUGGAUAGGAUAAUUCCUACUCCGUUUCUAUGUUGUGUGGUGUUUUGUCCUGUGUAGCAUACGGUGUGAUUAUCAAUAUUCAGCUUUCCAGAGUCAGGCCAUCUCAUUUCACUUAUGCCAAGUAUGUCUAUAUUCAAUCUUUCCAUUUCCCUUAUUGUGUUGUGGAUCUUUCCUGCCUCGUACAUGCUUCUGACAUUCCAUGUUCCAAUGAUUUGGUUCCACCUGCAUCUCCCUAAUUUUAUUGGUAAAUUUCUGAAGAAAAGGCUUGUUAUCGCCAUAACAUUUUGCAUAAAGCUUCUCUUAAAAUAUGGGAUGUAAUGGUUGCAUCUUUUCCCGCUGCUUAAUAAACCACCCGUAUUUGAGGGUAUUCUCCUUUUCGCAGCGGAAUACAAAUUUAAAGAUAUUUUUCCGUACAAUGGCAACACCGAGACUUCUCAGAGAAUAUUUCAGAUCGAUAGUCGGAGUUAAAAACGUGAAUUGCUAAGUCCCGUUUUGCCAAAACGUCUGAUAUUCGAUCAA